AAUUGCACUCCUGUGUCAUCCCAUGCAGAUGAGGGAGGUGGCGAGAGGUGUACAGUAUAUAAAACAGGGAACAGUCUUGGGUCCUGUACCUUGCUUUUUCCCUCAGCUUGCCUCAGUAUCUCUGCUCUCACGCCCUCCACACACCAACACCACCAAAAUGGCCUUCGCUGGAAAAUGGGAAACUGAGGCCCAGGAGGGAUAUGACGCGUUCUGCAAGUUGGUUGGUGUCCCGGAUGACAUCAUUGAGAAGGGCCGCAACUACAAGCUGAUCACAGAAGUCACCCAGGAUGGCGACAACUUCUCCUGGACCCAGAUCUACCCCGCAAACGCCAAGAUCACCAACACGUUCACCAUUGGCAAGGAGUGCGACAUGGAGACCAUAGGAGGAAAGAAAUUCAAGGCCACAGUGCACAUGGAGGGAGGCAAGCUGAGCGUGACCUUCCCCAAAUACCACCACACCUCUGAGAUCAGUGGAGGCAAGCUCAUCGAGACCUCCACCACCGGCUCUGUAGUGCUGAAGAGAACCAGCAAGAAGAUCUAACUGCUGACUGGCCUUUGACCUCUUAAAACAGUUACAAUGGAGACCUCAGCUACUACUGUGAAUAAUAAACAAAAAAAUG